AUGCUAAAGAAAAGAAAUAAAAUUGUAAUAGAUCAAAAAUAUAUUGAUGCGUUUCAGAAGUGUAAGGAGCUUCUGACUAAUGCACCUUUACUCCAAUACCCAGAUCCAGACAAACCUAAUGUUUUAACUACAGAUGCUUCUACUGUUGCUUUAGGUGCGGUCUUAUCGCAGGGGACAAUAGGAUCCGAUAAGCCCAUUGCCUACGCCAGUAGAACUCUCAGCGACACUGAGUCCAGAUAUAGUACAAUAGAGCGUGAACUACUCGCCAUAAUAUGGGCCGUAAAACAUUUUAGACCAUACCUUUACGGGCGUAAGUUCACCAUAUAUAUCGACCAUAGACCACUAGUUUGGCUUUACUCACUUAAAGAACCGAACAGUAAACUGACCCGUUGGCGUUUACGUCUUCAAGAGUACGACUUCGAUAUUGUAUACAAAAACGGAAAACAAAAUAUUAAUGCUGAUGCCCUCUCUCGGAUAAAACUAAAUCCCAUAGACUCUGAUGACUCACAAUCAUUGGAAGUAAACCUGGACCCUAAAGAACAAAAACUGCAAAAAUAUCUGACAAAAUUAACUGACAGUCGUUAA